AUGGCGCGCAUCAUGGACAAGUGGGGUCGCUCACGCUCACAAAUUGCUGCGGAGCUAGGCCAUGGAACGGCGGCGUCCGUGAGGCGCUGUGUGAUCAACAACUACAAGGAGAAAGACAACGUCAAGGAAGACUACAAGUAUGUCAGUAGGGAAUUCGCAGAGAGGUAUCCCAAAAUCUUGGAGGUCAAAAACCGCCGCCGUGACGCGCAGGGUAGACGGUUUGCGACAGUGGUUGUAGUGAAGCCGAACGGUUCACAAGACGAACAAGGUCAGGAAGGGGACACGGAGGAACGUCAGAUCUGGCUGUCCCAUCCGACAAGCCCAGCUGACCAUCGCAAGGACUUCUUUCAAGAGUUUCGAGUCCAGGACUACGCCGAUAAGUUGCGCGAGAAGGACCUUGUGGGUCGGGCCGAGUGCGUCGAGCUUGCGCUCGACUGCAGGCUGAAGCCCGAGCUUCUCUCUCGCGUUUUGCAAGUCAUGGUCCCGGACAUGCCAGAGCGCAAGCGCCUCCCAUUCUGCGAGCUUCUGGUUGAGGAAGCGAGCCUGAGGAAUUGA